GUUUCGCAUUCUACAUUAAAAGGGGUGAGAGAGAAAAAGAGAAGGACAAACAAAGCAUAGUUUAGUCAUGGCAAUUGGAAGCUAUCUCAAGGUAUGGCUAUUAAUGGUAGUGAUGAUCAACUCAUUAUUGUUAGGUCAAACAGAGAUUGUGACAGAGAGCACCACCGACUCGACGUCGUUUAAUCGAAGCAGCUUCCCAACUGGUUUCGUGUUCGGAGCAUCCGCAGCUGCCUACCAGUACGAAGGAGCAGCUAAAGAAGGAGGAAAAGGCCCAAGUAUAUGGGACACCUUCGUUCACAAAUUUUCAGGUAAAAUAUUGGAUGGCAGCAAUGGUGAUAUGGCCGUAGAUUUUUAUCACCGUUAUAAGGAAGACGUGCAUCUGAUGAAGUACAAUGGAUUGGAUGCUUUUAGAUUGUCCAUCUCCUGGCCCAGAUUAUUACCUCGUAAGAUCAUCAUCCUUCUCUUACUAUCCCCACCGUUUGUUUUCAUGAUUGAAAUUUUGGCUGAAGUAUGACUUGUGCUCUAAUUG